AUGUAUCCCAGGUCGCUGGGUGUCCCGGGCGAGUGUCUCGAGUGGGUGUCCCGGGUGGAUGUCCGGGGUGGGUGUCCCGGGUGGGUGUCCCGAGUGGAUGUCCCGGCUUUUAAGACGAGGCGCCAGAAUCCCACGCCGGAAAAUGACCAUGAUGCAGACCAUGAUGCAGACCAUGAUGCAGACCAUGAUGUAGAUCAUGAUGCAGACCAUGAUGCAGACCAUGAUGCAGACCAUGAUGCAGAUCCUGAUGCAGAUCCUGAUGCAGACCUUGAUGCAGACCCUGAUGCAGACCCUGAUGCAGACCCUGACGCUGGAGCUGACGCUGGAAUUCUCGGCACUAAGAACGAUACUAAGACCGAAGCAAGAGCAAUGCCAGGACCAGGAGCAGGGCCAGAACCGAGAGCAAGAGCAAAAGCAAGACUGAGAGCAAGAGCGACUCUAAGAGCGAGAGCAAAGGCAAAGGCUAGGGCAGGUGCAAGAAGCAAACUAAAGCAAGUGCUCGAAGUAAAAAGUCUGGGCCAAGCACUAGAGGGAAAAGCUAGGGCAGAUGCUCGAGGCAACCUGACGAAAAUGCACGACAUGUCUUCCUUUAACGUGCCAAGCAUUCUCGCGAAAAGAAAAAACGCAAAGAUAAAAGUAUCUGGGUGGUAUGUCAGAGACGAACGUCAUAAGGGUAAUACUAAGAAACCUGCGGCCCGCGUAAGCUCCGCGACCUCUUUAUUCAGAGCGGCGAGCGACAGCUUGAUAUCCGGCGCUAGUAAUAUCACGAAAUUCCUCGGAAGGGGGACUGAAGAACAUCUUCCUUUCUUCAGUGUAAGGAUUCAGACACCCAGCCAGUCUCUCAGUCUCCCAGUCUCUCAGUCUCCUAGUCUCUUAGUCUCUCAGUCUCUCAGUCUCCCAGUCUCCCAGUCUUUCAGUCUCUCAGUCUCCCAGUCUCCCAGUCUCUUAGUCUCUCAGUCUCUCAGUCUCUCAGUCUUUCAGUUUCUCACUCUCUCACUCUCUCACUCUCUCACUCUCUCACUCUCUCGGCCCUCAGAGCAGCGACCUCAUCGUCUCCAAGCUCCUCUCCACUCCCUCGCAUACGCGACAGAUUACCAGCUGAUGCCAAUAAUCCAAGUUCCCGUCGUUGAGCAUCGAGACAUUCCAGCUAACUGCGGUGCAUUAUCAGUACGAUCGAAAGCAUAUUACCACGACGCUCGAAGAUCUUGCGGCGUUCACUUUCAAGAGCGAGCUUUACAAAUAGCUCCCAAGCUUUCUCUUCGGUCAAUAGGAUGCCUCCACCAUCGAGAAACAUCGAGGAACACUGCUAAUUCGGCGCUGAAGUGGAAGAAGCGGGAAAGCACUCUUUCAGAGUCUGCGGUGGAUAAUUCGGAUCUCGUUGCUCUCGACAUUUGA